AUGGAUCAGAUUCAAAAUUUGAAGACCGAGAUCGAGUCAUUGAAGGCAGACCAGCAGAAAGAGAAACAUUCUCUGAGGGCAGAGAUACAGGCGACAGCUGAUGCGUUGGUCCAGAGUCAGGCGGCAUUGGCGGAGAGUCAGGCAGAGAAUGAUGCGUUGAAGAGGGCGAGGGACGAGAUGGAGUCAGAAUCCAUGCCAGGCACACCUGUGAGCUCUGGAACUCCACCUCCGACAGGCAGAGGCAACAAACGUGGCGGGUUCGUCAGGUCGUCGGUUCACCCUGACAUUUCCAUUCCUCUUCUGACACCAGAACUUGACAAACUGCUCAACAGGCAUAGCAAGGGCCGUCCGGACCGCUAUGCUAUUCCACGGAUGUGUAACCGAAGAGAGAUACCACGAGUGGACACAGAAUACCAACUGGGAUGGAUCCCGAGGCAAAUGUGGCUUACCAGUGAACGUCUGAGUGUUCAUCAUGCAUACUGUGUCUCAGAAGUUUCUGUCCAUGAGUGAUGCAACCCGAAAAAGCAUUAAAGACAGAGUUAAUGAGUACUUGAGGUCACCGAGAAAGUCUGGACAUGGCCUGCUCUCCCUUAUGUAAGGAAUUAGGCACUUUACAAUGUUUACUAUGUAGGCUACAUGAAACAUUUGCCUGUUCGAUAUGCAAAGUCACAUAAUUGAGACACACCCACCUUUCAAGAUGGCGGCAAGCAUGUCUUUCUUUUGUCUGAUCAGUGUUUGUAGCUGAAAAGUUUUGUGGAUUUUUGUCUCCAUGUACCUUUGUUUCAUCUGGCUGUGAACACAUUGGACAAUAGUACAAUAUUGUAUACAGAGUUUUUAAGGAGACAUACAAAAUAGGUCUGCUGAAACAUUUGAGGCCUACUUGGAUAUACCUGGGCACCCUACUCUGCACGGGGGCAUUAUCUGAGCAGACACCUGCCUACUGCUGCUUUCAUCCUUCCACUUGACAUUGUGCCUUGGGUGUUUUUGGACUUUUGGGUUUUUGGAAGUCGAUAUCUGGGUCAUGGAUCGUCAUCUUAUAGCCUAUACUGUUUGAAUUUUGGCCCUGUUGGAAUUACUGGCAUGAGAUGAAUGCUAUGCGGUGGAGCCCUUGCUUAAACCAAAACCAAUACAUUUAGGAAAGGAAGUAAGGAUGCAUUUUGAAAGUAUUCAAACAAUGCUAUUGAGUUUAAAUGCUCUUGAGCAGCCCUGCAAUCACACUACAGAGAUGAGAUCUUGCAUCGCGUGAGACAUGCAGCGUGACCCUAAUCUGGGUCAAUCCCCCCCCCCACCCCACCCCAUUCACAUAACAUUAUUGAUCAUUUUUCCAUUCUAAACCCCUUUAACAUUUUAAACCCCUUUUCUACCAACUGAGUUUAAUACUAACUACAGUGCCUUCAGAAAGUAUUUACACCCCUUGACUUUUUCUGUAUUUUGUUGUGUUACAGCCUGAAUUUAAAGAUUUUGUGUCACUGGCCUUCACACAAUACACCAUAAUGUCAAAGUGGAAUUAUGUUUUUAGACAUUUUUACAAAUUAAUUUGUAAAAAUGAAAAGCUGAAAUGUCUUGAGUCAAUAAGUAUUCAACCACUUUGUUAUGGCAAGCCUAAAUAAGUUCAGGAGUAAAUAAGUAAUAUAAUAAGUUGCAUGAACUCACUCUGUGUGCAAUAAUAGUGUUUAAUAUGAUUGUUGAAUGAUUACCUCAAUCUCUGUACCCCACACAUACAAUUAUCUGUAAAGUCCCUCAGUCAAGCAGUGAAUUUCAAACACAGAUUCAACCACAAAGACCAGGGAGGUUUUCCAAUGCACAGGCAAAAUCCUAGAGGAAAACCUGGUUUAGACCGCUUUCUAACAGACACUGGGAGACAAAUUCACCUUUCCAGUAGUGGAAAAAGUACCCAAUAGUCAUACUUGAUUAAAAGUAUAAAUACCUUAAUAGAAAGUUACUCAAGUAAAAGUGAAAGUCACCCAGUAAAAUACUAUUUAAGUAAAAGUCUUGGUUUUAAAUAUACUUAAGUAUCAAAAGUAAAAGUAUAAAUCAUUUCAAAUUCCUUAUAUUAAGCAAAGCAGACGGCACCAUUUUCUGCAUUUAUGUUUAGUGAGUCCGCCAUACCAUAGGCAGUAGGGAUGACCUUGUGUUCUCUUGAUAAGUGCGUGAAUUUCACAAUUUUCCUGUUCUGCUACGUAUUCAAAAUGUAACGAGUACUUUGGGUUGUCAGGGAAAAUGUAUGGAGUAAAAAGUACAAUAUUUUCUUUAGGAGUGUAGUGAAGUAAAAGUUGUCAAAAAUAUAAAUAGUAAAGUAAAGUACAAUACCCCAAAAAACUACUUAAGUAGUACUUUAAAGUAUUUUUAGUUAAGUACUUUACAACACUGCACCUUUCAGCAGGACAAUAACCUAAAACACAAGGCCAAAUCUAAACUGUUGCUUACCAAGAUGACAUUGAAUGUUCCUGAGUGGCAUAGUUACAGUUUUGACUUAAAUUGGCUUGAAAAUCUAUGGUAGACUUGAAAAUGGCUGUCUAGCAAUGAUCAAGAACCAAUUUGACAGAGCUUGAAGAAAUUCAAAAAUAAUAAUGUGCAAAUAUUGUUCAAUCCAGGUGUGCAAAGCUCUUAGAGACUUACCCAGAAAGACUCACAGCUGUAAUCGCUGCCAAAGGUGAUUCUAGCAUGUAUUGACUCAGGGGUGUGAAUACUUAUGUAAAUGAGAUAUUUCUGCAUUUAAUUUGCAAUAAAUUUGCAAAUAUGUCAAAAAACAUGUUUUCACUUUGUCAUUAUGGGGUACUUUGUGUUGAUGGGUGAGAAAAAAAUAUACACUACCGUUCAAAAGUUUGGGGUCACUUAGAAAUGUCCUUGUUUUCGAAAGAAAAGCAAUUUAUUUUCACAGUGUAGACAUUGUUAAUGUUGUAAAUGGCUAUUGCAGCUGGAAACGGCUGAUUUUUAAUGGAAUAUCUACAUAGGCGUACAGAGGCCCAUUAUCAGCAACCAUCAGUCCUGUGUUCCAAUGGCACGUUGUGUUUGCUAAUCCAAGUUUAUCAUUUUAAAAGGCUAAUUGAUCAUUACAAAACCCUUUUGCAAUUAUGUUAGCACAGCUGAAAAUUGUUGUGCUGAUUAAAGAAGCAAUAAAUCUGGCCUUCUUGAGACUAGUUGAGUAUCUGGAGCAUCAGCAAUUGUGGGUUCGAUUACAGGCUCAAAAUGGCCAGAAACAAAUAACUUUCUUCUGAAACUCGUCAGUAUUCUUGUUCUGAGAAAUGAAGGCUAUUCCAUGCGAGAAAUUGCCAAGAAACUGAAGAUCUCGUACAACGCUGUGUACUACUCCCUUCACAGAACAGCGCAAACUGGCUCUAACCAGAAUAGAAAGAGGAGUGGGAGGCCCCGGUGCACAACUGAGCAAGAGGACAAAUACAUUAGAGUGUCUAGUUUGAGAAACAGACGCCUCACAGGUCCUCAACUGGCAGCUUCAUUAAAUAGUACACGCAAAACACCAGUCUCAACGUCAACAGUGAAGAGGCGACUCCGGGAGCUGACCUUCUAGGCAAAGUUGCAAAGAAAAAGCCAUAUCUCAGACUGGCCAAUAAAAAGAAAAGAUGGGCAGUCUGAGAUAUGGUUUUUUCUUUGCAACUCUGCCUAGAAGGUCAGCAUCCCAGAGUCGCCUCUUCACUGUUGACGUUGAGACUGGUGUUUUGCGGGUACAAUUAUUUUACACAUGUAAAUAAAUGCCCACUUUGUGGGUUAAUGGUAAUACUGUCUCCUGCCUCCUCUCUGAACACCUUCACCACUAGGGUGGCCUUGUAACAAUAAUACAACUUUAUUUGUUUUCCACCUGGACAACACACACACUCACGAGGGUGGAGGCAGCACAUUGGUUAAUUGCCUUGCUCAAGGCCACAACGGCAACGUAACAAAAUGUGGAAAAAGUCAAGAGGUCAGAAUACUUUCCGAACGCACUGUAUAUCUGGGGAAGGGUAUAAAACAAUUUCUACAGUGUUGAAAGUUUCCAAGAGCACAGUGGUCUCCAUCAUUGGGAAAUGGAAAAAAUAUGUAACUACCCAGACUCUGCCGAGAGCUGGUUGUCCGACCAAACUGAGCAACCAGGCAAGAAGGACCUUGGUCAGGGAGGGGACCAAGAACCCAAUGACUCUGACAGAACUACAGAGGUCCUUGGCUGAAAUGGGGGGAACCUGCCAGAAGGACAACAGUCUCUACAGCACUUCACCAAUCUGGGCUUUAUGGGAGAGUGGCCAGACGAAAGCCACUCCUGAGAAAAAGGAACAAAGUACUUAAGUAAAAACACUUUAAAGUACUACUUAAGUAGUUUUUUUGGGUAUCUGUACUUUACUUUUUUUACUUUUGCCAACUUUUACUUUUACUUCACUACAUUCCUAAAGAAAAUAAUGUACUUUUUACUCCAUAGAUUUUUCCUGACACCCAAAAGUACUUGUUACAUUUUGACAGGAAAAUGGUCCAAUUCACGCAUUUAUGAAGAGAACAUCCCUGGUCAUAACUAAUGCCUCUGCAAGUUUUAUCUUAUUUUGUUGACUUCAAAUAAAUUGAUUGUUUUAAUGAGUAUGUACAGCACUUUCCACAUUUUGAUUGGAAUAUUUUCAAAAUCCAAUAGAAGGUACUUAGCUAACAUACAGUGCAUUCAGAAAGUUUUCAGACCCCUUGACUUUAUCCACAUUUUGUUACGUUACAGCCUUAUUCUAAAAUUGAUUAAAUUGUUUUUUCCCCUCACCAAUCUACACACAAUACCCCAUAAUCACAAAGCAAAAACAGGUUUGUAAUUUGUUUUGCACAUUUAUGUCACGCCCUGACUUAUGGAACUCUUGUAUGUUGAGUCAGGGUGUGGAGGUCUAUGCUAUUAUUUCUAUGUUUACAUUCUAGGUAUUGUGUUUCUAUGUUUGGCCGUGUGUGAUUCCCAAUCAGAGGCAGCUGUCGCUCGUUGUCUCUGAUUGGGGAUCAUACUUAAGUAGCCUGUUUGCAAUCAUUAGUUGUGGGAUCUUGUUCCGUGCAUAGGCUUGUAUUGUGUUUAGCCUGAGGACUUCACGUUACGUUGGUUUGUUGUUUUGUUCGUGUGUUUAUUUUGAUAAAUAAACAUGUAUGCAUUUCACGCUGCGCCUUGGUCUGACCCGUCCUUCAACGUCCGUGACAAUUUAUAACAAAUAAAAAACGGAAAUAUCACAUUUACAUAAGUAUUCAGACCCUUUAAUCAGUACUUUGUUGAUGCACCUUUGGCAGCGAUUACAGCCUUGAGUCUUCUUGGACAUGACGCUACAAGCUUGGCACACCUGUAUUUGGGGAGUUUCUCCCAUUCUUCUCUGCAGAUCCUCUCAAGCUCUGUCAAGUUGGAUGGGGAGCGUCGCUGCUCAGCUAUUUUCAGGUCUAUUCAGAGAUGUUCAAUCGGGUUCAAGUCCAGGCUCUGGCUGGGCCACUCAAGGACAUUCAGAGACUUGUCACGAAGCCACUCCUGCGUUGUCUUGGCUGUGUGGUUACGGUCAUUGUCCUGUUGGAAGGUGAACCUUCGCCCUAGUCUGAGGUCCUGAGUGCUCUGGAGCAGGUUUUCAUCAAGGAUCUCUCUGUACUUUGCUCCGUUCAUCUUUCCCUCGAUCCUGAUUAGUCUCCCAGUCCCUGCCACUGAAGAGUUCAAUCUUGGUUUAAUCAGACCAGAGAAUCUUGUUUCUCAUGGUCUGAGAGUCCUUUAGGUGCCUUUUGGCAAACUCCAAGCGGGCUGUCAUGUGCUUCUACUGAGGAGUGGCUUCCGUCUGGCCACAAUACCAUAAAGGCCUGAUUGGUGGAAUGCUGCAGAGAUGGUUGUCCUUCUGGAAGAUUCUCCCAUCUCCACAGAGGAACUCUGGAUCUCUGUCAGAGUGACCGUCGGGUUCUUGGUCACCUCCCUGACCAAGGCCCUUCUUCCCUGAUUGCUCAGCGUGGCCAGGCGGCCAGCUCUAGGAAGAGUAUUGGUGGUUCCAAACUUCUUCCAUUUAAGAAUGAUGGAGGUCACUGUGUACUUGGGGGACCUUCAAUGCUGCAGAAUUGUUUUGGUACCCUUCCCCAGAUCUAAGCCUCAACACAGUCCUGUCUUGGAGCUCUACGGACAAUUCCUUCGACCUCAUAGCUUGGUUUUUGCUCUGACAUGCACUGUCAACUGUGGGACCUUAUAUAGACAAGUGUGUGCCUUUCCAAAUCAUGUCCAACCAAUUGAAUUUACCACAGGUGGACUCCAAUCAAGUUGUAGAAACAUCUCAAGGAUGAUCAAUUUCGGAAACAGGAUGCACCUGAGCUCAAUUUCGAGUCUUAUAGCAAAAGGGUCUGAAUACGUAUGUAAAUAAGGUAUUUCAGUUUUGUAUUUUUGAUACAUUUGCAGAAAACCUGUUUUCGCUUUGUCAUUAUGGGGUAUUGUGUGUAGAUUAAUGAGGAUUCCCCCAAAAAAAUCAUCCAUUUUAGAAUAAGGCUGUAACGUAACAAAAUGUGGAAAAAGGGAAGGGGUCUGAAUACUUUCCAAAUGCACUGUAUUUAAUCUGUUUUGUUUUAUGUUCAUAGUAACAUUGUUGAGUAGUGUAUGUGUGUGCGCGCAUGUGCAUGUAAGUCUGUUUUUCACAACAAGAGGAACCAGAGACUGACAGGAGGGAAGGUUAUUCUGACCUCAACUUCCCCUUCUGAACUUGAACUUCAAACCUUGCAUAUAAAAUGGCGUAAGCUCCUUUUCUAGACGUUUUGUACUAAAAUAGACAUAACCAGAGGCACAAAUCUCACUCUUACAAGUCAAUCAAUUGCUUUUACCUAAGAAGCAUAAACAUAGCGCCUCCUCUUGAAUCCGUUAUCUUUGCUCACUAAGUUUGUGUAUAGUGAACUAGGCUACACACAAAAUAUGUUUGGGGUGUUUGAAGACGAUGCAUUAUCUAAACAUAUAUCAAUAAGGGGAACGUUUUCAGAACAAUCUUCCUAUAACCCCCUUUUAAAAUCCUCUUAAAAUCCCCUUAAAGUUAACCACCCCUCCCCUUCCUCCAUCACUUCACCUCUCAGUGUGGGGACUUUUUCUGGUCAGGAAACCCUCGUCCCCCCUCCCUUUUACCUGACACCCCCCAACUGCUGAGAACUCUAAGUCACUCCCAAGGCUUGUUUUGCUGCGGAGCCAGCGACUGUCAUUUCACCAUCUUCAGCACUCUCUUUCUCUUUCUCUUCCUUUCCUUUCUCCUUCCCUCCCAUCCUCUUACUCUCCUCUCUACUUUCCCUAAUCUCUCACCCGUCUUCUAAUUCCCUCCUCUCUUGGUGUCUCUCCCUUCUCACUCUUCUAUCUUUAUCCCCACUCAUCCUCCCCCCUCUCUCUCCCACUAACUUCCCCACUCCUACUCUUCCCCCCCUCUAUUCUCACACCCCCUCUCUUCCUCCCUCGCUCUCCUCCCCCUCGCCACACACUCGUCUCACCUCCCUCCUCUUCCUCCUCUCCUCUCCCCCCCUCCUCUCUCUCCCAACUCCUCUAUCUCCUCCCCCUGUCUCUCCUCCCUCCUCUCUCUCCCACUCCUCUCUCCUCCCUCCUCUUUCCUCCUCCCCCCUCUCUCUUCUCACUCCUCUCUCACUAACUCUUGCUUUGACUCUUCUCAGUAUCGCUUCAUCAUCUCUCGUUCUUUCCCCUCCUCUCCUUUCACUUGUCUUUUCCACUCUCACUUUUUAUCUUGUGAUCAACCCUCCUGCCCCCCAUCUCUCUCUCUACCCUCCCAAUUCCUCCCUCCCUCCCUCCCUCUCUGUCUCCUCCACCUCUCCUCUUUCUUGCUCUCACACUGAUAAACCCCUCUGUGUGUGUGUGUGUGUGCGCGUGUGCUCACUCCCCUACCUGCACUUGUUUGACAACUGACUCCGAGGUCAGAGAAGAGAAAAUAGGGCAAACGAAAGAACAGGAGAGAGUGGAGAGGAGAGAGAGAGAGAGCGAGAGAGAGAGCAAGAGAAAGAGAGAGAGAGAGAGAGAGAGCGAGAGAGAGAGAGAGAGAGAGAGAGAAGGAGCAUGUGGGGUGAGAUGACAGAAAAGGUGAUAGGAAUGGGGUAGAGACCAGGGUAAAAUGAUUUUUAAAAGGAUGUUAUCGGAAGAAUGAGAGAAAGACAGAAGGUAGAAGGAGAGAGGAUGAAGUGAGACAGAUGUGAAAGAUGAGGGGUGCUGUGGCAGACAUGUCUUAGGGGGUGACAUUCCGACCUUCAAAUAACGUGUGCGUGCGUGUGUGUGUGUGCGUGCAUAUGUGCGUGUGUUUUACAGUUCUCAGACAGUAGGGGCUUGGGUUGAAGAGGAGAAGCAAACAACAUUUCGGCCCAUCUUUACAGAGAUCUUGUGGAACAUUUUGUAAUACAACCAUGGGCUGCGUCUCAAUCUACCACAUCAGCCUAUGUCGGCCUUCUGCAUCUACGCUGGAAGGUGGCUGAACUACAGGAAGGUGGCCGAGCUAGUUUGUCAGAUCAUGAGACAUCCCAAAAAUAGGUCUUCUCAGGAAAACGAACGGUUUGGCCUAAAAGCUACUAUGACCACUCUAUGGAAAGGGGGACUCUCACGAACACGAUGGUGUUCUCUGUUUUGCUCUACAACCCACAAGUGUCACGUGACUCGUCUGAAGGUAACCCAUACAAACGAAUGGAGGUAGUUUUGUGCCAACAAAAAUAAGGGGUUAAAUGUGUCCAAAAAAACAAAAAUAUUUCCUGAGCUUUCUUAGAUCUCCUAGCUAUAGGACAGACACUUCAAAAGCUUAUUCAUUUUUGACUGUCUUUUUGGCCAUUUAUGAAUGUAUUAUUCAAUGUGUUUCUAUGGGCUAUAGUAGUAAAGGCCAAAUUCAAUUAAAUCAUAAAAAAAUGAAGGGAACCUAAAAUUCAAAAUUAAAUAGCUAAAUGAUUCAUGGUAUGACCAUCUUAAAACAAUUCCAUAUGUUAGCUUAGUACCCCCCCAAACAGCUUAGACUUUUAGUUAAGUGCCUUUGAAUGGGGUAUGGUAGUAGGUGCCAGGCACACCAGUUUGAGUGUGUCAAGAACUGCAACGCUGCUGGGUUUUUCACGCUCAACAGUUUCCCUUGUGUAUCAAGAAUGGUCCACCACCCAAAGGACAUCCAGCCAACUUGACACAACUGUGGGAAGCAUUGGAGUCAACAUGGGCCAGCAUCCCUGUGGAACGCUUUCUACACCUUGUAGAGUCCAUGCCACGACAAAUUAAGGCUGUUCUGAGGGCAAAAGGGGGUGCAACUCAAUAUUAGGAAGGUGUUCCUAAUGUUAUGUAAACUCAGUGUAUAUUUAAGCAAUAAGGCCAGAGGGGGUGUGGUAUAUGGCCAAUAUACCACGGCUAAGGGCUGUUCAUACGCACAACGCAACGCGGAGUGCCUCGAAACAGCCCUUAGCUUUGGUAUAUUGGCAAUAUACCACACCCCCUCUGGCCUUAUUGCUUAAACGCCUUACUGCCAUUAUGAACUGUUAACCAACGUAAUUAGAGCAGUACAACAUUUAAUCGUUUUGAUGUCUUCACUAUUAUUCUACAAUGUUGAAAAUAGUAAAAAAUUAAGAAAAACCCUGGAAUGAGUAGGUGUGUCCAAACUUUUCACUGGUACUGUAUAUACUGUAUAUAUAUAGCAGGCUCUUUUAUCCAAAGCGACUUACAGUGUAGGUUGAAGAUAAAGGUUAAGCCAACGUAACAAUUCCAUGCAGAAGCGUUAGAAAAUAAACAAAUUAAUUGGACCAGCGCCGGAAUGAAAACUACUGGACUUGAAUGUUAGCAGUACAGAAAGUUCACCAUCAAAGUAGAAAAUAAACACAAUCACAGUGAUUUUAGCUUAUAGUCACAUGCAUGCAUUUUCGCAUGGGUGGUCCCAGCGGGAAUUAAACUCACGACCCUUGGCGUUGCAAGCGCCAUGCUCUACCAAGUGAGACACACAGGACCUCCAACUUCCCAAUAUAAAGUUGCUAGGUCAGAAAAUGCCAAAAUAGUCUCUUAAAAGUACCUAGUCUUCUAUUAGAGGCACCCCCCAAACACACCAUAUUUUAGACCCCAUUAAGGCAUUAUGUGCCUUUGUGCUGGAUGCAUUAACUUCAACACAAAAUACAGAUGAAGACGCCACUGUAAUCGGUUAGCAUUAUGGCUAACAAUAGGAAGUGUAUAGCUCAGUUUGUGGGGAAACCCUUUGUUGCCACACACAGAUCACUGUAUCUGUGCUGUGGGGUUCAAAUAAUCCCUCAAGGUGUUUUGGGUUCUCCUCAUCUCCCAAUUAGAGAUUUUACUCAAUUAAUUUCAUAAACAGUGUUGUUAAAACAUUACCCUCCCAAAAGCAGUAUACUGGCUUGUGUCAUCCAACUAGGUUAUGUCAAAUGACACGGAAUAUGCUGUUUAUGGUCCUAAAAUUACUCUUCAGGUAGUCAGAACAUCAGUCAGAAUAUCUGA